AUGAUCAAGGUAUGGGCUGAUAACUGUAUCACUAUUUUAAACGCUGUCAAACUGGGUGUAAAGCAAAUGCCAAACUCGUAUUAUCUUUACAUGAAUUAUGUUCGAGGAGAUUUCGAGAUAGAGGAUGGACCAGGCGCGUCGAAAUUAUUUGAGGACCAAUACCUCAAUUACCCAUUGACAAAGGAGGAUUUCAAGAAGAAUUGGAUCCAUAUGCAAGAUAUAGAAGACCCCUACGCUAGAAUUGAACAACUAGAGAGGCAAUUGGAGAAUGCUGUUGUGGCUCUCUGUCACAAGCGCAAGCGCGAGGAAGACCAAGAU